CCCAACACUCAAGCAAAAACAUUUGUUCUAUCAUCCACUACAGCUUCCCCAUAACAACUCUCUAGUAUUUUAUCUUUGCCCUUUUCUGUUUACCAUUGAAAAUGGUUGGCAAGAUUGCAUGUUUCGUGGUUUUGUGCAUGGUGGUGGUUGCACCCCAUGCAGAGGCAUUUACCUGCGGUCAGGUUCAGGCUGCUGCGGUUCAAUGCCUCCCGUAUCUGCAGAAUCGUGGCCCUCUCGGAAGCUGUUGUGGAGUCAUUAGAGGUAUGAUAAGUUCUGCUAAGACGACAGAGGAUCGUAGGACUGCAUGCAAUUGCCUGAAAUCAGCUGCUACUACUAUCAAGGGCAUUGACAUGGGCAAAGCUGCUGGUCUCCCUGGUGUUUGUGGUGUCAAAAGUCCCUUUAAGAUCAGCAUGUCCACUGACUGCUCCAAGGUCCAGUGAGGCUGAUGAAAAAUCAGUUUGUCAAUGCAGUGGUAUUGCAAUCAUGUGGAGAAGAAUAAGAAGCAUAUGGAUCGAGUUUGAUCCUGCUUAAUUGUGGUCGUGUCUUGUUGUCUUUUUUUUUUUUUUUUGUUUCAUAGUGGGGUCCUGUAAUAAAACUUUGGCGGUUGGUUGUUUUGCAAAUCCAAUCUUGAUAAUACAUGUUAUAUCUUAUUUAGUUCAA